AUGGAGAACCGCGCGCGAGGCGAGGUUAAUGAGGAAGCGGUCCGCCUCAGGUUCAGAUUCUGCCACUGGGAGAAGUCGGACGUCACGAUUGGAGCAGCUUACGCGCGAGCCUCGAAGGCAGCAUUCGGAGAUAUCGGGCGACAAAGCGGCACAUCAAGCAACUCUUUUCGCGUCUCACUUGAGGAGCGUAUUGCAUUUUAUCAUAAACUCUACAGUAAACUAUGA